GUGGAGCAUUGCAUUGGCGUUCUCUCUCUCCUCUCAUUCUCUCUCUACAAGCUGCAAAAAGCCCACGCUUCUUCCCCCCCUCUUCCUCCUCCAUCGUUUUAGAGAGAGAAAGUCUAGAGAGAGAAACUACACUUCUGAAUUCAUUCCAACACAGUGAGCUAGCAAGUAAAGCAAGACAGGGUUUGUAGUGACUUUGACCAGUGUUGACUAGUUCUUCUUUGAAUCUGUUGAGGCGUUUGCCCAUGGGCAACUGUGAAGAAACGAAGACUUGUAAACCUGAAAAAUCAUCUUCACCUCCACCACCACCUGCACCUGAGCAUCCACAAGCCGGUGUUCAUGCAUAUCACGAUUGGGCAGCCAUGCAGGCUUAUUAUGGGCCUAGAAUGGCGGUGCCACCAUACUUUAACUCAGCUGUUGCACCUGGUCAUGCCCCUCCGCCUUACAUGUGGGGACCACCACAGCAUAUGAUGCCACCUUAUGCUGCAAUGUAUCCACAUGGAGGUGUUUAUCCACAUCCUGGAGUUCCCAUUGCGAGUCCUAUGUGCAUCGAUUCUCCUGCCAAGUCACCAGGGAACUCUGACCGUGGCUUGAUGAAGAAGUUAAAAGGAUUUGACGGGUUAGCAAUGUCAAUAGGCAAUGGAAAUGACAAUGGGAUCUCUCACAGUGGGGAGACUGAAGGUUCUAGUGAAGGCAGUGAUGGCAAUACAACAGAGGGGGGUCAAAAUAAUCGGAAACGGAGCUGUGAAGGAUCACCUAAUGCUCCAGCUGAAGUUGGCAAGACAGAGCCACUAAGCGGCCAAUUUUUUCCUACUGAAUCGAAUGAAGCUUCCAAGAAAGUGACUGCACUCACUGUAACCCCUUACAAUGCAUCUGAUUGCGAGCUGAAGAAAUCUCCCACUGUGAUGGCUUCAACUACACUCGCAAUGGUGCCAGGUGAAGCCCUGUUACAGAAUGAGCGAGAACUCAAAAGGGAAAGGAGAAAGCAGUCUAACCGAGAAUCUGCCAGGCGGUCUAGAUUAAGGAAACAGGCUGAAGCUGAAGAACUUGCUAUUAAAGUUGAAGCCCUCACUUCUGAAAAUUUGAACCUUAAGUCUGAGAUUAACCGGUUAACUGAUACAUCAGAGAGGCUGAAGCUUCAAAACGCCAAACUAAUGGAACAACUUAAAACCACACAGCAAGAGCAAGAUACUGAAGACCCAAGAUCCGACCCGAAAGGGUUGUCUCUUAGCACCGCUAACCUCCUCUCUAGGGUCAACAAUGGGUCAAGUUCACCUUCUGGUGGAGAAGGUGAAGUGUAUGAAAGUAACAAUAACCAAAAAUCUGGUGCAAAGCUGCGCCAACUUCUGGACGCUAGCCCGCGGACUGAUGCUGUUGCUGCAGGUUGAUUAUUAAUCAAACAACCCGGCCCGCAAUAAGUACUCUGUUUUCUUACCUUAAUUUUUAAAGCUAAUUAUGUGAUUUUGGCGUCAUUUUGAAGCUGGAAUUACUGCUAACACUAGUAGAUAGUGAAUAGGAUUGUGACAUGGGUGAUGAUAUCAUGAUAAGAUAAACAAACUGUGAUUUUUAGACUUUUGUCUGGUUGUGCUUUGUGGCGAACAUGAAACGUGUUUUCAGUUUCAUAGUUUGCCCCGAAAUUAGCCACCGACAGUUUAUCUUUAUAAUUAUCAACAUAUGAGAAUAUUGAUGGGUGUUUUAGGUAUUGUGAUGGAAGAACUUAUAUUAUAUAUGGUUUGUGUAAUAUUUGGGACAUAUAACAUAUUGGAUGGUUGGUUGGUGACUUCAAAUUUUA